AUGGCGAUCGGAGACACAUUGCUUCAACUUCACCGAAGGCGAGUGCACCAUCACACUGAAGGACAUCGCCAUCCUAACCGAUUUGCCCAUUGA